AUGAUGAACCAAUGUGAUGUGCUCUUGGUUGAGCCUAGCUCACCUUGCCCGACUGCCGACAUUAGGUACUUGCGGUCAACGCAGAUCUGUUGCGUUGCUCGGCAUGCCGAGCGUGCAGACGCGUCCUAUGCUUUGUAUAGGGGCGCGCCGUACGUGCAGUCGGAGGAGUACGAGCAGUUUCCCUUUGAUCCUCCUCUGAGUGAUGAUGGAGAGGCGGGAGCGAUAGAAACUGCUCACAGCAUCAAGGAUUUUGUGGACCAGCACGACACUACGAUUCAUGUAGUCGUCUCCUCACCAUAUUUGCGGUGCGUGCAGACCGCCGCAUCGAUUUGCAGAGUUCUCGGGCCUUCGACAAUCCUGAUGUUCGAUGCGUCUUGCGGGGAGAUCUUCGGCCCCAGCGUUAUCAGCAAAGAGCAGCCGGAGCAUGUCUACCGAGAUUUUAACACCAUCCUGGAGGAGUGUAAGGCUCGAGGAGUUCACCGGGUUGCUCCGGUCUGUGUCGGGACACAGCCGCAGUGGCCUGAGACCAUCCCCGAAGGCCGGCAGCGGUUUGCCGAGUCCUUCCUUCACUACGUCCAGAGAGGUACGGACAAGGCUAGAAAUUUCCUGGUGGUCACACACGGCGACUGCGUCGCUGCUGCAGCGUCGCUUCUUCCUGGCACGCAGGACAUUCGAGCAGUGGAGCCCGGAGGGGUCCUCAUGGCCAGCAGGGUGCGACCUCCAGGGCCAGGAGACGCAUGGUCCAUCAUCAGUUCAGAACGCAGCGACGACAAACACGUGGAGCGUGUUGUGCUUCGUACGCUCUCAAAGGCACAAGGUUGGAAGGUUGACAGCAUCAACAUCGACUUCUGCUCGGCCCGCCGCAGCAAGGAGAGCAUGAUCAAGCGGAUUACAUCCAGCUUGAGGAAGUUCAGUGCCAAGACCAAGCUUGGCGAAGACCGCGUGAAGUACUUGCUGAAGGCAUUCUCAGGAGAGCGUCGCAGGCAAAAGGGAUUGGGUGGCAGCCCACUGCCGACUGGCAGUUCUUCAUAUGGCACUCAAGGACCAGACCCUGCCCUCUGGGUUUUUGGCCUGGAGGAGAACGACUCUCUGCACAGAAUGCCCAAGGUGAAGCCACACUGGGCCAAGACCCUUGGCGUGCCGGGCAUGCCACCUUCACCUGGGAGAGAAGCAGAGGUGCACGUGCCUGCGCCUGCUUACUCUCCGGCAUUCAGUCGCCUACAGCUUCCCACGGCAGGCGGCUUUCCGGCGGGUGAUGCGAAGCCGCAGACCUUGCUCUCCGUCAUCAAGGGCAAUGGACGGUCCGGGGUCUACGAGGCCUCCGAAGCGACGACGAUGGCCACGGAGGACGGGCAGCUCAGCGUUGUGACGCACAGCGACCUGUCGGGUGGCACACCGGUUGGCGGGAAGGGAUAUUUGCAGCUGCCAGGGGCAGGAGGCAAACGAGGACCCGGCAUCAACGACAUCUCAUCCUCGCCACUGUGGAAGCGACGGCAACAAAAGACGAACGAAUUCACCAGCGCCGCAGACUCUGGCCUCUGCGUGCCGGCUCCCUUGGCCGGCUUCGCUUUGCCGAACUUCCUAGGAGAUGAAGAGCAAGAGGUCCUUCGGCCGCCGUCGUCAAGGCGUGCAUAUCCAUCCAGAGCCCACACAACCAUGAACUGA